AUGACAGUAACAGCAGCUAUCAACUCAAUUAGAGAAAGAGUAAACUCCAGUCAAUUGUUGAGUUCAGACCCCGUUCGUAAGAAUGAGCCCAAAAUUGUUGAAUUGACCUCAGCAGAAGUCAGAAAGAUCGAGAAAGUCGACCGAAAUAAAGUUGAAACAUCAACUGCAAUAAAAGCCGCUGAAGGUGACGAUGCAAAGCAGGAACUCAAUAGUAUCACCAAUGUUGAUGCCCAUGAUGCUGCAAGUGCAAUGGAAAGAAUGGGACCAAACAACAGUUUCCCUGAAAAGAUGCUCAGACCAGCAAAGGCUGUUGUUGCAACAGCUCGAGAACAACUCAACUCAAGAGUGUAUGAUAGUCAUGGAAAGGCAAUUAUUCGAAGCAACUUGGAUCCAAUCUUGAAACCAAUCAACGACAACUUGAACGAUAACAUCAAGAAGUUAAACAUCGACAUUGAGCCUGUUCCAAAAAAAGGGUACUCUAACGAGCUUUCCAGAACCACAAGACUUAUUUCAAGAUCAACAUCUUCUUCCAUCAACCAGCUUUUAAGCAAAAAUCCCAACCAAAUGAGAAAGGACUUGUUGCAAGUGUACUACAAGGCCUACGACGAAGACGAGAAGAAAGACGCAAACAUCUUGUCCAAACACUGGAACGCUGCCAAUGCUUCUCUCAAGGCUGUUUCAGCUGUAGUUGGAGCCUCCAAAAAGCAGAUCUAG